CUCAACGACAGCAGCAUCAAGCGAGGGUGAGGCAGCUGAAGUAGAAGAACAACGGCGUGUGAAGCGGACGCCUGCUCGCUACCUGCAGUAGCGGCGCGAAGCUCCCGAUGGCUUCCUGGCCGUCAACUUCAGCGGCGAGCAUGUCCAAAAGUUCCGUGAGCGAGGCCAGCAUCACUUCCACCGGCAAGGUUCCGACGGCGCUGCUCUGCUGCCGUCUGUUCAGACCUAAGAUCAGCGGCUGUGGAUGUGCCCUGUUAGUGCUCUGUGCAACGGGCUUUGUCGCCACCGUGACCAUAAACAGAGGCCUCGUGGCCUGGUCAUCCAUCUUUGCUGCAGAAACAGUGGUCCCCAAGGGAGCUAUCCAUCAAUCAGGCUGGAGUGCAGUGACGCGAAACACAACAGCAUCCGUCCCUGCAGUCCGGAGGAGGCGACCAGUUGCCAGCCACGCCGGUAUAGCGCCGGCAAUACACUUGCACGGCAGGAGACGCCCUCGGAAAGUGGUUGCUGCUGCCGAACGAGUCCGCGUCGCCAAAGAAGAAACAGAGGAGGAGGUCGUGCCACCGGUGGUCGUCGCCACCACUGCUUCCGGAAGUGAUCGGGAGGCCUCAGGACCCCACCGGCGGCGAAUUGCGCGUGCCCAGCAAAGACGGUCCAUGACCGCUAGAUCCGAGUCCCCACGUGAGCCCCCGAACGAUGCGGAUGAAAUCUUCUCGGACCAGGAAACUCCCAUGCCGACAGACCUUUCUACUGUGGCCGAGACUCUUCAAGACGAUGGUGAUCAAAAUUCUGAUGGAACAAGCAGUGAAUCAGACUCUGGUGAAACGACAACAGAAAUUAUAUCACAGGAAACUACAGUGACGUGGGGAUCAAUAUCGGAAAACUCGUCCGAGCCUUACUCGCUAACCAGCGAGGCGGUGUCCAUGUCUCCCAAAUUCACGAGUGUCGCCGAUUCAAAGGAGGAAACCGUGGACGAAACAAAGAGAAUGACAGGUGAUUCAGAGCAUCCGAAAGGACAUCCACCAACCGGCAGCAUAGAUACGUCUGCGUCUCCGCAACCUCCGAGUUCCACAGUAGAGCUACUGAAUUUUGAGAAGUCACCUCUGCCAACGAAGGUCAUAGAGGAAGAUGAGGAAUUACCAACAAACGAGUCCAGUUCUACUGGAUCUCCAUUUACCUUCAGCAGCAUAUGUCAACGUGCCACUCAUGAACUUCCCGGAGUUCGCAGGCGCCUUCAAGUGCCCGACUGACUCGCCCAUGAACCCGAGCAACAAAUGCAGCUUCUGGAACUAAGAAGAGCAGAGCUAGUGCUACCUCACUUGUCACAAAACGGAAAGGCAAAAAAGUGAUGAUUCUUUAGA